UGUCCUUGCCAUUUGUUUCUCCUUCCACCAAAACAUUCGACCCUGUUCUACUUUCCUUCGUCGUCUAACAGCUAGAAGUGUCAUUUCAGUUUCAACUCUUGUUUGUGCUUUCACUCUUUUGUGGUUUCACAUCCAGUCUAGGAUUGAUCUUUUUUCUAAUCGCCAAUGCAAAAACAAAAAACAGUUGGUGUUUCCCCCUUUCUAUUCUUGUUCUCCCACAUAUAAGAAAUAAUCUUUGUUUCUAGUGAUCAACACAAAAAAACACAAAAAAAAUCUUUGUUCCACUUUUAAUCCAUCUUUCUAGUCAUUGUUACAAGAGAAAACAAAAAAUCUAUUCGUGGUUUCCCUGUUCAUUCUUGUCCUUUCACAUAUACAAAAUAUUGUUUGUUUCUGGUGAUCAAUACAAAAAAAAAAUAUUGAUUGCAUUCUCCACUUUGCCUCUGCUCUUCCACAUCUACAAUACAAUUACCUUUCCUAGCUAGCGAUAAACUAAACAUUGAUAAAAUAUCAUUUGUGUUUCCCUUUACCAUUGUUUUCUCAGAUCUACAACUACCAAAUUUAUAUAUCUCUACUUUUAAAUUAAAAAUUAUAUAAAAACAACAUUCAGUGGCUUUCCAUCAUCGCUAUUGUGUUAUCCUCGUAUCCAGACUUCGUUUUCUUUUCUAUGGACAAAUACUGAACACACAAAACAAAAUAUCAGUGGUUUCAGCCCUUUGUUGUUUGUCCACCUUUGUCAUUGCUUGCUUUUAUAUUUACCAUCUCUAGCAAAAACCCAAAAGAUUGUUGGGUGCUCCCGCUACUGAGAUAUUUAAAGUAAAUCUGGUUGAUCAGACCAUUUUUUCACAUCCAUAUUAGGGUGCCUAAUUCAAUCACCGGGACCAUACAAGGAAGCUAGCCUGCAUCUUUUGAGGAGAAACGUGGUCAAUUAAUAUUUAUUUGUCAGCCUUCAGUUUAAGUAUUGCUAUAUAUAUGUUUCUCGGUGAUCUAAGAAGCUACAUGACAUUAUCUUAUACAAAUUUAUCCCCAAUGCAGGUUUCUUAGCCGCUGAGAGGUAUCAGUUCCAACAAAAACACCAAAAAGGUCGCUGACUUUUCCGAAUAUUGAGAUUUUUCAAGUAAUCUAGUUGAUCAGAUCAAUCGUCUCUUUACAUACAGUGUCCCAUUCUAUCAGCAGGACUGUAAAAGGAAAUUAGUGUGCAACUGCCAAGCCAAGUCAAAGAGAAUUAAUUUUGCAACCUUCAUUUGAAGUGUGACUGGAUAUUGAUUCUUAGUGAUCUAGAAGGCAAGAUCUGAGAGGUGACUUGUGCAAACUAGCAAGUUUGGUACACUACUGAACAUAAGUCAUGGAAUCUUCUUCAUGGAAAAAGUGGCCCGAUCAUGUGCGGGAUAAAUGGCGUGAUGAUCUGAGAGAUAAAGAUUUUUGGUUUAAUGGAUACCGUAAGACACCUUCAUAUAUUGACUUGGUCAAUCGACUCACCUGGGGUUAUCACGUGUGUUGGAAUGUUGGGGUGGGGCCCAUGGCUUCAUUCACACCAGCCAUAUCAGGCAUGGCCAUGGAGAUACGGUACCGACGACAAUUCAAUCACGUGAUAAAGGUGGAUCUGAAGCCCACGCCAAUGGCAGAGGAGGCCCAAGGAAUAGGCUUCAUGAGCAUCAAGUACCAACUCGCCGUCGGUGCAGCAAAGGAGCUUGGCCUUCUCGACCAAGCAUACAACCAGUACAAAGAAAGGCACGACGAGCUACAGUACUACACCUACGGGUGCUAUGAUGGUGGUACCUCUUCAACAUUGGCGAGACACGUGCAGCAACAUAUAGUUUAUAAGAUCAUCAAUAAGUUGGUAACCGAGAAGUACUUGCUAGUGGCUCAGAACCUCCAGUGGCCAAUUGAGGCUCGCAGUUUUUCACGGCAUUGCGGCCUUCCUCUGCUCCCUUGGAUUGACGCCUUCAACUGGCACAUCUCGACCACUUCUCGUGAAGCCUGCAACAAGAGCAAGUUAGACGACGACAGAGUUAUAUCUAUUUACACAGAUGAAGAUGUUCUGUGUCUCACUCUCUACGCACUACAUCAAUCGGCCGAGCAAAUAUUCAUCAAGAUCUGCCAUGAAACCAAGGAGUAUUGGCAUUGCAUAGCCCUUGAUUGCUUCCACUAUGCCACGACAAUCUUUGGCAAGCAUUCGCAAGUGGUAGAUAUCACCUCAGAUGAGCUCAUCCACCAAUGGGCCGCCCAAGGCAUCUUGCCUUGUAUGAGCAUCGAGGGAGAGGAAACCAACACCAUCAGAAGCAAAUGUUCCUAUAUGCAUCGAGUUGGAAGGGUCGUCCUUGAAGCGUUUCAGAAGUACUCUUUGUUGCAGCUACCUUUUUAUCUUGCUACUGAAGCUUAUGAAGCCACCAAUACCGGCGCACAAUUCUUAGCAUAUCAUGGCCUCAUUGCAGAAGGCAGCAAAGUUGAUGAACUCUUUGAUAACAAUAAGAAAUGGAUUUCCUUCUCCGCUGACCAUGGAGUGCAUGUAAGCCGGAAAUGGUUUAGAGCAGAAGAAACAAGGGGCACAACUGCACUUAUUCUAAGAGGCUGCUCAGAUCAAUCGCCCGUUCUUUCCAAGCUGGACAGUUUCUUGCCCAAGCUUUCUUUUCUUCUUGUUCUUGAUCUCUCCUACACUCCAAUAAAAGCACUCCCUUCUUCCAUUGGCUGUCUGCAGAACCUACGGUUGCUCUCACUUAGAGGCUGCCAUGAUCUCAAAACUCUUUCUAGUUCAUCAGCAACAAGUAUUACUUCAUAUUCACCAUUGUCCACCCUAUACCAGCUUGAAAUUCUUGAUAUGAAUGGAGUUCCAUUUUCUCAUCUGACGCAAGAGCUUAUUCUCGCCACCUGCUCCAACCUUGUGGACCUACCUCCUUCAAUGGCUUCUCUAUACAGCUUAACCACCCUUGAGGUCACAGGGACUCAAAUAAAAUACUUCCCGCAGAAGAUAUUUGAAGAACUAAAGAAGCUACAACCGCUCAAGCUCAUUGAAAACAAUGAACUGAUUUCACUCGCAAGUCCAAUCUCUGGUGUCCAAGGAGUCAAAUUGGAAGGGCAUCCUACCCUUACAUCAUUCAUGUUGGUUGGCGCAACUCACAUAAGGUGCUUGUCUCUCCGUGGAUGUAGAAAACUUGAGUCUGUCGAGAUCAAUAAUCUUGGUGCCUUGGAGGAGCUUGAUUUGUCAGGUACAGCUACCAAGGAGCUCCCUGCAGAUAUCCCUAACCUUCCCAAGCUUAGGCGGUUGCUCUUGCUGGAUGUUCCGUCUCUGAGGCGAUUUCCUUGGCAUAGGUUGGAGCGACUUCCUGAUGUCUUUCAUUUGGACCAUUGUUCAGAAGGAAAUGGUAAUCACUCUAAUCAAGUUCCCCAAGUGUGUGUAACUGACCCCAGGUUCUUCCAUAGCUUCAGUGAGACUGUUGUGGAUUUCGUAAGAGAUGGACGGUUUCUCCAAUCAUUCAAUGUUCGAGUCGCACCAUGCAUUAAAAAUAGCAUGCGGCUGCAAGAUGAAGAAGCCAUUCUUGAUAGCAAGUUGCCGGAGUUGGUGCAGAAGCAAUCAACUUAUGUGGAUGUACAUAUGAGGUGUUAUGCAGAGGAAAUUGCAAUUGCAUCACCGAUUACAGUUCCCCUUAACCGAACUGAGCGCCACGUGGAGAUCACGUGGACACAAUCAGCAAUUGAUGGUUUAUUUUACCUUCUAAGCGUCAGUAAGUCAAUAUCGGUGUCAUGUGACACUGUUAUCAACUAUUUUCCUAGCUGGAUCAAUUUUCACGAGCUGGAAGAAUGUGAGCUACGUUGGUGCCAUAAAAUGGAAGGAGUUGUAUAUGGCACUCAAGGCAUGAAAAAACUACGCAAUAUGCAUGUAUGUAAUCUCAAAAGUCUAGUUUGGUUCUGUUUAAAUUCUUGUGACUUCAGUACACUAGAGCACCUGCACUUGGAGGACUUCCCAAGAUUAGAGUGCGUGUUGCCAGACACAGCAACACUGCCAUGCCUCAAGACACUUGACAUCCUGUUCUGCUACGAACUCAAGACAAUUUUCAUCAACGAGAACACACUAGAGAAUACUUAUCAGCUCCCAAGCCUCCAAAGGAUACGUCUUCAGGAGCUGCCACUGCUCCAUCUCAUCCACUACACGGACGCCACCAUCACAGCACCUGUGUGGAAGGAGCUCCACAUCCGAGGGUGCUGGAGCCUCCGACACCUCCCGCUCCUACAAGGACACCAGCCGAAGAUAGUGAAGGUGAACGGCGAGAGGAGCUGGUGGAGCAAGCUCCACUGGGGCUCACCCCUGCACCGUGACAGCUACGACCCCAAGCUUCCACCGCAGUUUGCCUCCUUCGACGAGCAUGCCGAGAUGAGCAGCUACCUCAGAUGAACUGAUGUCAUCUCCAUCAACACAUCCAUCGAUCCAUCAACCAUUCAUUCACCACAGAAUACCUUCCUAAACAUUACCUUGUUCACAGUGUUCCACCAUAGGUACAUGCUAUAUAUAUUUCAACCACUCGGGUCCGCAAGAUGACACUUAUUAGCUCCAAAAGGUACAUUGGCUCAGGUAACUGUGCGUCCGACUGAAUCACCGUUUUGGAAAGGGUUGAUGAGAGUCAAGCCCCUCUUCUUUAACAGGGCAAAGAUCUUAGUCCGUGAUGAGGCUAAUACGAGGUUCUGGGAGGAUACGUGGCUUGGGGAUACACCCCUGGCACUUCGAUAUCCUACUUUGUACAACAUUGUUCAACGUCGAGAAGCUUACGUUGCAACAGUCUUACAGUCCACGCCUCUCAAUAUUAGC